UCCUCCGGUGAGCUGUGCGCAUACAUCCACAGAGCGCAGCGGGAGGAGGGUACAGUACAGCCACACGGUUACGGGGGCUUGGUCGACGUCGGAAGUUCAUGGUGUGCGGUUUUUGCUACGCUGUUUAUUUUUUAUCCCAAAUCGCUUUAGAAGAGAAGACAGAAUGGCGGAGGCGCACCAGGCCGUGGCGUUCCAGUUCACAGUCACUCCUGAGGGCAUCGACCUGCAGCUGUCCCACCAGGCGCUCUCUGAAAUCUACCUGUCCGGAGUACGGUCCUGGAAGAAGCGCAUCAUUAGACUCAAGAACAACGUUAUAACAGGAGUUUACCCAGCCAGUCCGUCUUCAUGGUUAUUUGUGGUCAUUGCAAUUUUGGCUACAAUGUACACCCGCUCUGAUCCAUCCAUGGGACUCAUAGCCAAAAUACAAGAGCACCUACCAGUCAGUCAGUCGAUGAGUUCUCAGUGUCAGGCUGUGGUGUCUGCAGUGCUCUUCAGUACUCUGCUGUGGCUACUGCUCAUAUUCACCAUGAGACUCUGCCUUAAACAGCUCCUAUCCUACCACCGCUGGAUGUUUGAGCAGCAUGGAAAGAUGUCCAACACCACCAAAGUCUGGGUGGCCCUGGUGCGCAUCUUUUCUGGCAGGAAGCCUCUUCUCUACAGCUACCAGGGUUCACUGCCAAACCUGCCUGUGCCCACCAUUAAAGACACUGUCAAAAGGUACUUGGAGUCUGUGCGUCCUCUUAUGGAUGACAGUAAAUAUGAACGCACAACCAAACUAGCAGAAGAGUUUCAGGGCAGCCUGGGGAACCGCCUGCAGUGGUACCUCAAACUUAAAUCACUCUGGGCUGCUAACUAUGUCAGUGACUGGUGGGAAGAAUAUGUUUACCUUCGUGGAAGAAGCCCUAUAAUGGUCAACAGUAACUACUAUGGCAUGGAUUUUUUGUUUGUGACGCCCACACCGAUCCAGGCAGCAAGAGCUGGCAACUCCAUUCACGCAUUCUUCCUUUAUCGUCGCAAACUGAACAAAGAGGAGAUUAAACCAAGUCGUAUCCCCGGCACUGUCAUUCCCCUGUGUGCAGCUCAGUGUGAGAGGAUAUUCAACACUACACGUACUCCAGGAGAGGAGACUGACACGGUUCAGCACUGGCAAGACAGUGAUUACAUAGCCGUAUACCACAGGGGGCGCUACUUCAGGCUCAGGGUGUACCAGGCUGGCCGCCUUCUGUCACCCAGAGAGAUUGAGUUUCAAAUCCAAAGGAUUCUGGAUGACCCCUCUCCUCCUUCAAAAGGAGAAGUCCACCUUGGGGCCCUGACAGCUGGUGACAGAAUACCAUGGGCCAAGGCCAGGGCAAAAUUCUUUAGCACAGGGCUUAACAAACGGUCUCUGGACUGUAUAGAAAAAGCUGCCUUUUUUGUCACACUGGAUGAUGAUGAGCAAGGCAUGAUGGGUGAUGACCCUGCUGCAAGUCUAGAUAAAUAUGCUAAAUCCCUUUUACAUGGAAAAUGUUAUGACAGGUGGUUUGACAAGUCAUUUUCUGUGGUUUUCUACAAAAAUGGAAAAUGUGGUAUAAAUGCAGAACAUUCUUGGGCAGAUGCACCAGUUUUAGCUCAUGUAUGGGAGUACGCCCUGGCUACUGACAGUUUCCAGCUUGGUUACAAUACAGAAGGUCACUGCAAGGGAGAAGUGGAUUCUUCACUUCCAAAACCACAGAAGCUGAACUGGGAAAUCCCCCCGGAGUGUGAGGAGCAGAUCUCAAAGUCUUUGGAAGUGGCCCAGAAACUGGCAAACGAUAUCGAUUUUCACGUUUUCUCAUUCCAAGAGUUUGGAAAAGGAAAGGUUAAAAAGUGCAGAGUUAGCCCAGAUGCCUUUAUACAGAUGACUCUUCAGUUGGCCUACUUCAGGGAGCAAGGUAAUUUCUGCUUGACGUAUGAGGCCUCCAUGACCCGUCUGUUCAGGGAGGGCAGGACUGAGACGGUGCGCUCCUGCUCCAAUGAGAGCAGUGCCUUUGUCCGAGCGUUCGAAGGAGGAGAGGCUCCAGAGGUGUGCAGACGUCUGUUUCGAGCAGCGUCCGAAAAGCACCAGCUUCUGUAUCGCAUGGCCAUGACAGGAGCUGGCAUUGACAGACAUCUCUUCUGCCUCUAUGUGGUCUCUAAAUAUCUGGGAAUAGAGUCGCCUUUCUUGAAAGAGGUGCUGUCAGAGCCCUGGAGGCUCUCAACCAGUCAGACUGCUGUCCAGCAGGUGGAGCUGUUUGACCUGGUCAACUACCCAGAAUACAUCUCUUGUGGAGGAGGCUUUGGCCCAGUUGCUGAUGAUGGUUAUGGAGUGUCCUACAGCCUUGUUGGAGAGAACAUUAUCAACUUCCACAUCUCCUGCAAGCACUCGUGUCCCCAAACUGAUGCCCAUAAAUUUGGUUCUCAGAUUAAAAGGGCACUGCAUGAUAUACUUCAUCUGCUCAGUGGUGCCCAACCAGAGCCCAAGAAAACUGAAGCCAGUCACCCUAAUGUUAAGAAAGACCAGUAACUUAGACCUAGGGACCCUCAGGUCAUAUGUGCACACCUGACGUGGUGAUUUUGGUGUUGCGGGAAAGAGCCUUAAACAUUUCGAGAAUAAAUACUCAAUGUGAAACUGCAGUGCUAAACGGGACAUUUUAAUAAAUAUAUUUAUAUUUGUUUGUAGGUUACUUAAGUGGGGACCAUUAUUUUUACAUAUUUACAGUCAUUUGGAUUGUAUAAUGAGCUUAGUGUAGGUCUAGCUUGUCUUCGGAACAUAUUUGGAAAUGCAUUGUAAAGGGAUUUUGUAUUUUCUUAGUUAAAUAGCAUUAAAUAUGCAUACAAUUUGCACCACACGUCUAUAUACCACAUAAGCUGUGCAGAGACUGAUGGCAGUGGUGAUUUUCUGCUUUUUUGCUUGAAAAUAUUUAGUUUAAAAGCCCACUGCUGAGUUUGGCCAGGUCCACAGUAGCUCAAGCCCAUCACAGGGCAACCUGUGGUUUGGGUGAAGACAAAGGUGAAGCACUCAAGCAAGCCAAAACAAACAUGGCACCACUGACUGAUGAACUUCAGCCUAUUUUAACAGAAACAGAGAUAAUUACACUAAUGACAGAUUUUACAAUGAGGGAAGUGCUUUGGAUAUUUAUGCAUGGGAAAUAUGCUUUUUUUCAUCCGCUGGAUUUAGCAAAGGCUUGAUUCGUCAGUUCAUUCCACCGAUGAGACACUUCCCCAAUCAGCUGGAAGUAUUUGUCUAAAUGUUAUGCCUUGUAUUUAUCUUUGCAUUUAAUGAGAGCCGCUUCUGGUUAUGUGUAGUCAGGAUUGCUACACAUAGUCUAGCUGUUGCCAGGUUACCAUAACCAUUGGACAUUUAUUUGUAUUAGCAGUAAACAUAAACUACAUGUAAAGGGACAUAUUCCUUCAUAGUACUUUUUCUGUAUUUUUUGUCUUUGGUUUUCUGUAGAAAUACAGUAUAAUAUGUGUAAAAAUCCUUGGAAGGAGUAUUUGCCAUAUCUUUGUAAGGAAAAAGGGAUGAUCCUACUGUCAAUAUUAAAGCAACAGGACACAAGUGUAAAUGCAAGAAUUCUGACCUCUCUUUAUUUGGUACUUUAUUUUACUGCCUUGGAAGUGCUAUGACACCCAAAUAAAAACAAAAGUAUUUUAA